GAGGGGGAAAAGGUUUAGAGAGCAGCAGGAGCUGAUCAUACCUAAGCCCGCAGCUCGUCAGAAUGGCAGCAGACCCAGAGUCCAAACUCCAGCUGGUGCACAGAAACAUCCGAAUCAUUCCAGACUUCCCGAAGAAAGGGAUCGAUUUCAGAGACAUCUGUCCCAUCCUGAAGAACCCAGCAGCUCUGACGGCGGUGGUCGACCUGUUCGAAGAACACGUGAGGAAGAAUCACGAGCAGGUUGAUCUGAUUGUAGGUUUAGAUGCUCGUGGUUUCCUGUUUGGGCCUCUGCUGGCACAGCGGCUCGGUGUCGGCUUUGUUCUGGUCAGAAAGAAGGGCAAGCUGCCUGGACCCACCAUCUCUGUGGCGUAUGACCUGGAGUAUGGCAAGGCAGAGGCAGAGAUCCAGGAGGAUGCAGUGGCUCCAGGACAGAAGGUUCUGCUCAUUGACGACCUUCUGGCAACCGGAGGGACGCUGCAUGCAGCCUGUCAGCUGAUGAAGAAACAGCAGGCCGAGAUUCUGGGCUGCAUGGUGAUCAUCGAGCUCAAAGGCCUGAACGGCACCGACAAACUGAAACCACACAGUGUCUUCUCCCUGCUUCAGUACUGAAGACCACUGCAGCUCCCGCGCUGCAAACAAGUCCAGCGCUGGUUUUUACAACCAGCGGGCGUCACCUCCAAGAAAACAAGAGACCUCCUCAGUUCACUCACACUCACAACAGUUGUUUUUGUCAAUCAUGUACGGUUUUGCAUUUCAGCCAAUACCAAGAGAGAAAAUAUUUAUCUCUCUGUUAAUACUCUGGUUGCAGGGGCUGGAGCCUUACCCAGAAUGCUUUGGGAUACUGAAAAAUGAAACAGUUUGGUUUCCAUGGUUCCUUAGGGAGUCUUAAUAUGUCGUAAAACUCACUCCCUGCACCCCUGUGUGCCAAAACAGGAAGAAGCAGGUAUGGAUGGAUGGAUGGAUGGAUGGACUGAGAUUAGUUAGAAAGGCUUAACAUUUUAUCUGGGGCAGGUUGAACAUACAGUUAUUGUUUUAUUGUGUUUGACUAUUUGAUAUCAUCCAAAAACAACACAUUGUCCUCUUUAUCUGUAUAUUUAAUCACUUACACUUCUGUAGGAAGGAACACAUGUCCCUGACUUGAGGGUACGCUAGCCACGUGAAGCUACAGGUAGCUGUAGCAUGUUAUGCUAGCUAAGGAACAGCAGAAAUGAAUAUUUUAUAUAAUUUUUUUUUUUUUUGCUUUUGGAGAUUUCAGAGUCUUCAGGUCUUUAUGUUUGUGCACACAGUGUGUAUUUGAUGGACAUAUGAGGUUUUCAAAAACAAAUUAAUGAACAGUAAAAGCUCAGGCUGUUUGAUUUGCUGAGAUAAUUCAGGUGCAUCGUCUUCUAAAGUCAUCUAAAGUCAUAUGGCUCUCUGCUAACCACUGUUCUGUUUACCUGUGUUCAGCAAGUCAUUGUCAUUUUUGUGUCUGGAUUUUUUAUGUUUGAACUGCAAACAUUAAUUUAAUAAAGGAAAUAAAAUAGAAUAAUAAACGAUAUUACAUUCUGAAACAGAGUGCUGCAA